AUGAAAGCCUUGUCGGACGCCGGCAAUUUAGAUUUUAAAAAUGAUAAUGAAAAAUUGUUGGCUGUGGAAAAUAUUUUGGCCCCUGACAAAUGCUAUAAAUUUCCAUUGUCUCUGGAUAAAAGAAAUUUAACAUUUCAAACAUCGUGGCUUAACAAAUAUAAGUGGCUUGCUUAUUCAGCUAAGGAAAAGGGAGCUUUUUGUAAAGUGUGCGUCAUUUUUUCACCAAGAUAUGCUGGACCCGGAGCCAGAAUAAUUAUAAUAAUUGAUGCAAUCAUUUGGCUAGGGAGGCAGGGCUUAGCAUUAAGAUCUCAUAGAGUAUCAGCUGGCCCCUUAACACUUUCAUCUUCUCAUAAUGAAGGGAAUUUUAAGGAAUUGCUGAAACUUUUAUGCAACAAUAAUGAUAAGCUUUUUGAAAGCUCAGCUAAAAAUGCCACCUACCAUAGUCCAUGCAUUCAAAAUGAAAUUAUAUCCAUAUGCAAUAAGUUUAUAUUGAAAGAAAUUUCUACAAAAGUGAAAGCAUCACCAUUUUUUAGUGUUCUGGCUGAUGAGAGAUCGGAUGUUGGUAACAUAGAGCAAUUAUCCAUAGCAAUAAGGUUUAUUGAUAUGGAAUCAGAGACGAUAGCCAAAGAAAUUUUAGCAUCCCUUCAAGAUCUAGAUUUAAAUCUAAUGAGAGGCCAGGGAUAUGAUGGAGCUCCCUCAAUGAGUGGUCAUGUUAAGGGAGUGCAGUCAAGAAUUAGAGAGCUUUAUAGCACCGCUUUAUAUGUUCACUGCAGCUCACAUUGCCUAAAUUUGAUGAUAUCCGAGGCAUGUGAAAUUCGAGACAUCCGGAACAGUUUACACACAAUAUCGUCGGUUUGUGACUUUUUCACACCACCCAAAAAGAGACAGUUAUUUAUCCGAACAUUUGAUGAUAUUGAUUCAAAUAAUCCAAAAAAAAAACUAAAACGAUUUUGCCCAACUAGGUUUAUCGAAAGACAACAAUCGGUGAGACUCUUCAUAGAAUUAUAUGAAGUUAUUUUUGCAGCACUCGAAUCCUACGUAUCUAGCAAAGAAAAGGAUUCCUCAGAUGCUGAAAAUUUUUUACAGGCGAUUACGAAGCCACAAUUUUUAAUAUCAAUUCAAUGUUUAUUUAAUUAUACUUAUGAUUUUAGCAAAAUACUUCAAAAAAUUAAUUUGGAUUUAAGAGAGGUUAUGAAUAGGGCAAAGGAUAUUGUUGAAAUAUUAACAAAUAUCAGAGAAAAUGUGGAUGAAAAAUUUCAUGAUAUUUACAAGAAAGUAAAGGAGAUCGCUAAUUUGUUUAGGAUUGAAAUUUUUAAACCUAGCUAG